CGGCGGGCGCGGGGAGGGAUGGAGAGGGGCGGGGGGAGCGGAGCCGAGCGGAGACAGCCGCGGCGCUGCAGAGAGGCUGGGGCGGCGGCGCGGCUCCCGGUGCUCCCCCCCGCGCCCGCCGCGCGUCGGCGAGGGUCCGGCCCCGGAGGCCCCGAGCCAUGGGCUGCAUCGGCUCCCGGACCGUGGGGAACGAGGUGAUUGCCGUGGACUGGAAGGGCCUCAAGGAUGUCGACCAAAUCAACAUGGACAGCACCAGCUCGCUGCACGGAAGCAGCCUCCACCGGCCAUCCGCGGAGCAAACCCGAACCGAUUUCUCCUGGGAUGGCAUCAAUCUCUCCAUGGAGGACACCACUUCCAUCCUGCCGAAGCUUAAGCGAAACUCCAACGCCUAUGGCAUCGGCGCCCUGGCCAAGUCCUCGUUCUCAGGGAUUUCGAGAAGCAUGAAGGACCAUGUGACGAAGCCCACAGCCAUGGGGCAAGGCCGGGUGGCCCACAUGAUCGAGUGGCAGGGCUGGGGGAAGGCACCCGCCAUUCAGCCGCAACACAGCCACGAGGCCGUGCGCAGGGAUACCGACGCCUACUCUGACCUCAGCGAUGGCGAGAAGGAGGCGCGUUUCCUCGCAGGCGUCAUGGAGCAGUUCGCCAUCUCCGAGGCCACACUCAUGGCCUGGUCUUCCAUGGAUGGUGAGGACCUGAGUGUCAACUCUGCCCAGGAGCCACUGGGCUGCAACUACAGUGACAACUACCAGGAGUUGAUGGAGAGUCAAGAUGCCCUCACUCAAGCCCCCUUGGAUGGAUGGCCUCACUCCUACGUGUCUCAGGGCAUGUACUGUCUGGGGUCAUCGGAUGCCUGGGAAGCCAGCGACCAGUCGCUCAUCGCCUCCCCGGCCACGGGCUCCUAUCUUGGCCCUGCAUUUGAUGACUCGCAGCCAAGCUUGCAUGACAUGGGGCCUUCCCAACCUGCUUCGGGAUAUUCCACUCAGGAGCCUCCACCUUUGCUGGGGGCAGACAGCGACUGGGCGCCAGCGGUGGGCAGAGUGGACCUGGUAAGGGGCCCUGCCGAGGAGGAGAAGAGGCCUUCGGCCCCCGAGGAGGAAGAGGAUGCGGGAUGCCGGGACCUGGAGUCACUUUCCCCACGAGAAGACCCCGAGAUGUCCGCUGCUCUCAGCCGGAAGGUGUCUGACGUCACAUCCUCAGGUGUGCAGUCCUUUGAUGAGGAGGAGGGCGAGGCCAACAACUAGCUUCUUCCCACUCGAUGCCCUACCUUCCACUCCCGCCUGAGGGGCAUGGCUGCGACAAUACCCUCCCUCCCCCCAGCAGUACAGCCGAAGCCCAGGCCGAAGACGGCGAGGAACCCGGGGGCCGCCAGUCCUCGCCGGGAAAACGGAGGGCCGGGAUGGGGUUCCAUCCAGGCUCGUGCUGUAGGAACCCCAGGUCCGGGGACUGAGGCCCAGGCAACCAGAUGGCUGUGAACUUGGCUUGGCUGCAGGCUUCUGGGUCUGUGAUGCGGAAGCUCCAGUUUCUAUCCUGGGGACAGGAGCGCAGAGCGGCCUGUGUCCGUCGACUAGGCCUCAGUUUUCCACGCCCUGAUUUCGUCUUCCAGGAGCUUUGACUGUGGCUGUCUGAAUGCCUCCCUUCUUCAUGUCACUCCUGCUUUUCCCGACUCUGUGUUUUCUCUGGCCGCGGUCCCAGCUCGACCCUACUGUGGAGAACAGACCUCGGGGGCUGCUGGACGUGGCUUGACGCGAGUAGGGGAAGCCACGUCUCCUUGGAGGAUGGAGAAUCUGCCCUCGGUGGGUAGCUCGGCUUCUGAGCUCAGGAGGCCCGGGGAAGGUGGAUGCGAAGCUGGGGUACACAAGGGCACAAACAGGGGUCUUUAUACGUGGCCCACCCAGAGACCGGAGAGUCGCUGAUGGGACCAAGGACAAACCUGGCCACCUGUUCUGGGAUCUUGAAUAUCCCGUGACUGGAAGGUGGGUCCGAGGGGUCUGGGGAAGGACCCAGCGGGCUGGCUGCUCCAGCUCUUGCUUCCCUUGUCUGCCUUCUUCUACCCCCUGCUCCAGGAGCUCCCGCCCAGAGGGGGCGACACAGAAUGCCCGUGGCCUGCCAGGCAGGGAAGCGUGAGGUCUGUGCCUCCCUCCAUCCACCCCCAAAUUCUCUGGAGCUGUUUACACUUUUCUCUUUGCCUUUUCUACAUUUUUAUAACUUCUUGGGGACUCAGGUUGAGUGGGGCGGAGGGAGGAGUCUGGUGCUGUCAGGCCCCCGCCGGGGGGACACUCAGCCCCUUUUUCUCCUUCUUCAGCUCCUCUGGGCCCCUUCCUGGGCCCCCUGUGGAGAGGGGAUCAGAGUCUUCUUCCUUCUAGGAUGGGUUUACAGCGAGGCAUACGCCCCUGAAACUGCUCGCCCUCCCACACCCAGUGUCCAUUUCAGUGGGGACUUCUGUCUGCAGUACACAAAGCCCCCACACUUCUGUAAAUGAUCCUGACGGCAGGGACAGGCCGGAGCAAAGCAGUGGCAGCUGUGGAGCACAUAGCGGGACCCUGUGCCCUGGCUCCUGGCCCGCGGAGAGUCUGGGCGGGAGAGAGAAGCCAGGACGUUCAUGCCUACCUUUCCUCCUGCCUCAUCCAAGGCUCGGGGUCUGAGGUCUCAUGUUCUACCCAAAUGUUGGCAGGGGUCCUGUUGCUCUUGUCCUCUGCCAGGAAGGGUGCACGUCAUCCCUCUCAGACCCUGGGCACAAACUACCUUAUCCCCACCCCUGUCCCCAAAUGUCUGUUUCUUUGGAACGAGGAGGUAGAAUGGUGGUAUUUCUGUCCAUCUGUGACCCUGCUCCCCACCCCCCAUCAAGUUCACAUGUUCAUACGCACACAGUCCUGAAAUGCAACCCAGGCUGGGGCCUGGGGAGGGGAGGGGAGGUUGAGUCUUGGAGAGAACACCCGUAGGCAUGGCGAGCACAGGUGGUGAAGAGUGGCUUACCUCAUCCAGAGCUGUCCCUUGUGUUUAAUCAUGUGACCUGACUUGGGCACGAAGAGCCCUGGGAAGUGGCCUUGUACCCUUGCCCUGCACUCCUGCCGCUGCAGGUCUUGGGGUUUUGCAUGCUCCGGUUCCCGCCUCCCAGGGAGCCCGUUUCCGCACCGUGUGCAGCCCGCUUUCUGGAUACACCAUCUUUUCCUCUCAGGCUCUUCCUCUUCCUGCCCCUUAUUCCGCCCCCAGCCCGCGGUGGACACCCACUCCAGCGAGUGGGCUCUUUCAUUUCGGUUUUGCUCAGGGCCCUGGGGGGUUGGGGCAGGUGGAGGAAAGCAGCGCUCUUUCCUCCCUCCCUCCUCGAGGAAGCCCUUUUUCAGGCAGGCCCUGCCGAAAGAUGACUGAAUUGUCAAGGAAUCUAGGUGAUUUCAGACACCAGCGGGGGCUCCACAUCCCCAGUGCUGGCGGCUGGCACAUGCACAGACCAGAGGUCAGCUGGGGGUCUGCAUUUGCAAGGAGCUCCCCUCCCACUCUGAAGAGGGAGAAGACCAGGGAGCUGGCCUAGGACCCUGUUAGGGCUCUCUGGAGGGAGCAGCUGCCUCUUUGGUGCUGGGGGCAGGGUGCAUGGGGUUUGCUUAUAGCCUAUUUGCGGGGAGGGGAGGGGCAUGUGCUGGAAGAGGCUGUUGGGGGUCAGGGAGGGUCGCUUUUCCUUUGGGGUUAAAGGCUGUGCAGCACGAUUUACAACAGUCCCAGGACAGGGCUGUGUUUCUAUUAUUGUGAAUGAAACUGCUCUUGCUAAAUGAUUUUCUUUCAGGGGUGGGGAGUGCACUUUUAUUUUUAAUUGUUUAUUAAGGAAAACCCAAAUCUCCCAUUCCUCCCCUUCCGCCUGCCCCCUGCCCCCCCCCCCCUUCCUUCUUAUCCUUGCGUUAAGGAGGGAAACGUGGUGAC